UGAGAUGUUAGAUUGUGGCUAUCCGGUUGGUUUUUUGAGCAUGUUAGUCAGCGGUUCAGUGGAGAGACAGUGAGCGGUUGAACAAAUGUAACUACAAUUGUCUCCUGAUUAAAUCAUAGGAGAAUAAACUGGAAUUAAAGGAUUCCAAUAGAAAUAAAGGGCAGUUUUUAGAGUUUGCUUUGGUGUUUACAUUUUUUGAAAUAAAAUAGUUUUUUAAAAGAGGAAUAUGGCCGAUACUACGUGUGGUAGUGCAGAAAAGAGCUUAGAUGAUUUCUUUGCCAAGAGGGACAAAAAGAAGAAGAAAGGAAAAGAACAAGCGGUAGCCCCAGGACCCAUUACUCAAAGGAAGACAAAAAAAGAGAAAGAGAAACUGACGAAAAACGAGAACCAGGAUACCCAGCAGGAAAAGGAUGAUGAAGAAUGGAAGGAAUUUGAGCAGAAGGAAGUGGACUACUCUGGACUGAGGGUUCAUGCACUACAGCUAAGUGAUGAAAAGGAGGAAGAGGAGUAUGAAAAGAAGGAAGAAAUGGGUGAAGAUGGGGAAAUGGUCAUGAUCAGUGGUGGAGACAAAAUUUCAGGCCCUUGGAACAAGUCUGCACCAGCACCUAAUGCCACUACACCUGUCGAAGUUGAAGUUCCAGAGCCAAAGCCUUCAGGUGUGUACAGACCUCCUGGAGCCAGACUGACCACAACGAAGAGGGGGCCUGCACAAGGACCUCCUGAAAUCUUCAGCGACACCCAGUUCCCAUCUCUACAAUCAACUGCCAAGCAUGUAGAAACCAAAAAAGACAGGGAGAUGGAGAAGACAUUUGAGACGGUGAAACACAAAAACAGAGCUAGAGAAGACGGUGGAGGAAAAGGCCCAGCUCAACAAUUACAGCUUGACAACCAGUAUGCUGUUCUAGAAGACAAGUAAUUUAAUAUGCACAGCUCUUCUUUCCAGAGUGCUGGUACCCAUCUGAUCACCUAUGGUAACUUAACUACAGCUGUGGAUUACAUCUGCCUUUGCAGAACAGGGCCAAAAUGAAUACUUGGCUGGCAAAGACACAGACCAACCAUAAGGGCCAUCAUGAAGGCGUUAGCUUUAAAGCACUGGAAUUUCUUUUUUUUUUUUUUUUUUUUGGGGUGGGGGCGGGGGGUUACAAUGGAUCAUAUUUGGAAAGCAGGUGGUAACAACUAACAUGUUUUUACUGUCACUAUAAAAUGCCAAGCAAAAAAGGAUUUUUUUUUUUUGGUGUGUGAAGUUUCGCAGCCAAUCGGUGGACAUUUUCAUUGCAGUUUUGUUGUGCGAGUUUGAGCCUUCUUAAAGGGUCACUACCUCAGGUGUACACUGUGCACUAAUGGAUACUGUAUUGACCAUCUUGUUUGGAACCUGGAUUUGUAAUUGCUUGACAAGGAGGAUGCUGAUGUGAAACUUAAAGCUGAAGACAUUCAGCCGAAGAAUGGAACAGUGUGAAAAACUGUCAGUCAUUAAAAGGUUCUGAUCUGCUUUCAAGGAUAACAGUUUAAGUGGCCUUACUGUAAAAUACAAUUAUGUGCAUUAUCCUCCCAGGAUAAUAUUGCUUUUUAUUUUAUAGGCUGCAGUUGACUGCUUGGAGCACACCACUUUUGAAAAUGGGGGGGGGGGGGGCGCAAAGAAAGAGCUUUCUUUUUAUCCCUUAUAAAAGGAAGUAGUACAGAACUGUCGUUUGAUUUGGCUACAUAACGUGACCCAGUUUUGUUUGUUCACAUCGUUAAAGUAUUAGGUAUAACAUUAAAAAAGGUGCACUCAAAUUUAACAUUUUCACAAGUGCCUACUCUUCUGCUGUUUCUCCCAAUUGUAACAGGUUUUUUUUGUUUCUGUUUUUUUUUUUUUUUUUUUCAUUCUAAAAGUGAGAUUUAUUUUUUGUAUGCCUGCAUUGUUAGUUUUGUAAGCACCUACUAAAUGAUUCUGCACAUUUUAUAAUUGUAGUUUUGCUGAAGAGCAGUUAAUGAAAAGUCUGGGGCAUGUGCAUUGGGUAAGGUCCUUCCACUGAUAUUUUACUGUGCCUUGUGGUGAAAAAUUGUGGCUAAACCUUACUCUGUGUGCCUUUACAGUUUUAGUUAACAUUUCUUGUUUGGUAAAACAAAACUAUUUGAACAUUAGCCCAGGAUUGUCUUUAACAGUGGGAUUUAAUAUUGAUUAAAUUGUCAUGCGGAACACAAUUAUACAACAUGCUAUCUUAGUGGAUCAGUCUGUAGUCUUAUUUAUAAAACUUUGAUUAUGUUAAGAAUAUAUCCCUCUCAUUCAGUAUAUGACAGUGUUGCAUUGUGAAAUACAAAACCUUACUGGAAUGCAAUAGGGUUAUCAUUUCAUACCAGAUUGAUUUCAAGUGACACAGUUUAUUUUUUAUUUGUUACAGGCAUUGUUUGUUUUAAUAAGAAUACUGGGUGGGGGAGGGACUAAUUGCACAGCAGCAGAUACCUAAACCCUUUAUAGAAAUGCGGCAUAUUUUGCUUGGAGAAAAUGUUAAAGAAAAAAAACUGAAUGAAUAGAACCUUUUUUCCAAGUCAGUACAUUGUAGUUUUAACAGAACUUUCUGCACAGGCAAAACUGUAUUGCCGUCCAUUUGUACGCCAAUUUUGGGGGCAGGUGGCGGGGAUCUUCAGCUCUUGGGCAAAUAAAGGGGUUGGGAAAAUUUGGGAAUGCUCCUUUUAAUCUUCUUUACUAGUUGAGGAAUUUACAUUUGAGCAGGAACCAGUAUAUUUUGAAGUCUAAUCCUUUUUUUUUUAUCUUGUAAAUUACUCUUUGUUGCCAAUAGAAAAUAAGAUACUGAUUUGGGUGAUUGAAGAUACAUUGGUGUGAAUUCGUUUUCGGAUGGAUUUUUGGUUCAGCAUUAUCAGGCCUUCAGUUUAAUCUUCACUGCAAUACCAGUUGAUUCUUCCCAGCAACUGAACUUUUCAGACAUUACAAAAACACAGGGGUGAUUCCUUUACCCUGUAUACUGUGCAGAAGAUAUUGUCCAUUCAUUUGAUUUUCGGGGACAUGUGUUGUGGCAGUGUCAGAGCAGCUGUAGAAAUACAUAUGUCAAUAAAUCUGCAAUACUCCAGCAGUUUUUACUUUGG